CUGCUUCGACCUCUCUCCUCUCUUACUUUCAUUUCUCUUUGGUGGUCGCAUAAUAAUCCAGAGAGAGAAAGGAGAGGGAGAAAGAGCGCAAAAAGACCAAUUUGACCUUCGUCCGCCCGCGGAGCUGCAGCUGCUUUUUCUUCUUCGUCUUUCCUCGCGUCUGCUAGUUUUGCUGCUGUACGGUCGCCUCACCAUGAACGAGAAGGCCAGCGUCACCAAGGAGCUCAACGCCAAGCACAGAAAGAUACUGGAAGGACUUCUUAAAUUGCCAGAGAAUAGGGAAUGUGCUGACUGCAAAGCUAAGGGUCCAAGAUGGGCUAGCGUGAAUUUAGGUAUCUUUAUAUGCAUGCAAUGUUCUGGGAUCCACAGAAGUCUUGGCGUACACAUAUCGAAGGUGCGGUCUGCUACUUUGGACACAUGGCUUCCAGAGCAGGUUGCUUUUAUUCAAUCAAUGGGAAAUGAGAAGUCAAAUAGUUACUGGGAAGCAGAACUACCUCCAAACUAUGACAGAGUUGGAAUUGAGAAUUUUAUUCGUGCAAAGUAUGAAGAUAAGAGAUGGGUUCCUAGGGACGGACAACCAAAGCCACCUUCUAAAGUGUGGGAAGAAAGGACUAACUUACAUUGGCCUCAACCUGCAGAAAAAAGUGGGCAUGGUUAUGUUGGAAAUUCUGAAAAGAAGGUUGAGGAAAGGAAGAACAUUCUAGCGACUCGUACAAAAGAAAGUGUUCCUGCUGCAAGAAUUAGUCUUCCUGUUCCUCCGAAAGGUCCUGAACAGUUUGUACAUGACUCAAGACCACAAGAUGUUCAGAAAAUAGAACCAGCUGUUGAGCCAGCUGAAGCAACAAAGCAUGCUGUUGAUGCUGCUCCUACUGCCCCUCCAAAAGUUGAUUAUGCUACUGACCUUUUCAACAUGCUUUCAGUGGAUGGUCCAAGUGAGAAUGGAUCGGAUGUAGCAUCAGCUGAGGAUAAUGAUUGGGCUGGUUUUCAGUCUGCUGAAAAGGCAUCGACAGCUGAGAAAACUGGUCCAUCAAAUGCAGCAGAGAACAAUGUCAAAUCUUCAUCAGGAAUUGAGGAUCUAUUUAAAGAUGCACCUUCGUUAACACCUGUUUCAGGGAAACCCCAGAAAGACGUAAAAACUGACAUUAUGAGUCUUUUUGAGAAGUCGAACAUGGUGUCACCCUUCUCAAUGCAUCAGCAGCAACUAGCAAUGCUGGCUCAGCACCAGUCUCUUCUCAUGGCUGCAGCUAAAUCUGGCACAGAUCAAAAGUUUCCUGGUAUUAUUCAACAACCUGUGUCCAACGGAAGCAAUUUACCUUCCCAAGGUUGGUCAAACGUUGGCUACCAAUAUCCUGGAUUGGUGAUGCCUGUAGAUGGGCAGGCUGAUCUACAGAAAGUUCCACAGAGUCAGACAAAGACCAUGGGGCAGGCACAUCCACUGGGGACCUCUGUUCCGUAUUCAGCAUCUAGCUUUUACGGUAUGGCCCAAGUUAACCCAGUUAAUGGCGUGACAAACGAUGGGGCGAAGAAGACUCAAUCACCAUCUCCAGUAUCAUCUUCAACUUCUGCACAAUCAGGAAAAGAUUAUGAUUUCUCUUCUUUAACACAAUUGAUGUUCGCAAAACCCUGAAAAGUCUUUGGUCCCAGCCUUGUUAUACCAUACAAAAACAGUCGAAUUACGGAAGGAUAUGACUUCUUUUCUUCCCAUCGUCUGUUCCACCUGUACUGGGGUUCGUAAACUAUUUUGUAGAGGGAGUACCACUUUUUAGCUUUUCUCUGGGUGGUCACUUCAUUUGUAUGAUUAGGGCUAUUUGAUUAAUAAGAUGGGUUUAGAUUGAUCAAAACUAUUUUGUUCCCAGUUUAAUUUGUGUUCUUUGGAUGAAUAUUUUUUACCUAGGGAACCUCAAGAACAAUGUCUGUCGAUACAUCGUGUUUG